CCCUUCGUUUGUAGGAGCCCCUAGUCUUAUUAGUGACACCUUAUCUUACAAGGGCUCCUAAAUCAAUCAAGAACCCUUAACCUGUUAAGGCUCCCAGUCUUGUUAAGAUCCCUCAUUCCUGCCGGGACCCCCAAUAGUAUGAGCCCCUAGUCCUGUCAGGGCCCCUGUCUUCCUUCUCUUGUCUGCCCUCCUCCCACGGGCUGCAGCUUCGGAGCUGAGCACUGUGGCCACCCUCAGCCCCCACUUCCUAUAUAAGUUCAGACAUUUAUUUAGUGGAAAUACAUAACUGUGUGUGAAGACAGUGUUUUAAACUGCUGGUGAAAUUUCUUUAUUUGUAGUAAAGGAAUAACUUCAGUGUUGAAGUCAAGCUUCAAAUGAAGAAAUAUUUAAUAUUUAAUAAAUAUUUAGAAGAUCUUUAUAUGAUUGUAUAAGGAUCUAUUUAUACAUCUGUUUAUCUUUAUACUUUAUACAUCUAUCUUUAUACUGUUGUAUAAAGAUCUCCCCCCACUUAAUAACCUAAAAGAUAAAUCCAUUUCUGUAUUUCUCCAAUCAUUCAAUAAAUACUAUCAAGAACCUACUGUGUGAUCUAAACACUUGGAAGCACUUGGAAUAUGCUAAUGUGUGAAACAAAGAUCCCUGUCCAUGGGGACUUUGCAUUUUAAUUGAGGGAGACUGAAAAUAAACGUGGUGAAUCCGUGAAUGUUAUGUUAGAAGGUGGAGAGCGCUGUGGUGAAAAGAAAAAGUAGAACUGGGUAAAAUGUCACGAGAGCAGGUUCUAACAGUUUGUUAGAUGUGAGAGGGAGAGACGUUCCUGGCUGCCUGGUGGUUAAGACUGCGCUUCCGCUGCAGGGGGCACAGGUUCAAUCCCUGCUUGUGGAACUAAGAGCCCCCAUGCCACAUGGCAAGGCAAAAAAAUAAAAAAAAUUUUUUUAAAAAGGAAGGAGGAGAGGGAAUGAGUCAAGCAGUGGGACCUGGGGGAAGAGCAUCCCAGGCAGAGAGGGCAGCCUUGCAGAGGCCCUGGGGUAGGAGCAUGGCUUUGGCUGGGGUGGUGGCCAGUAUGGCGGUAGAAUGAGAGACAGAGCAAGAGGAAAGCCCUGGACCCUCCUCUCGAGUGAGCUGGGGCUUGGGGAGCUAGUACCCUGACUUAGGUUUUAAAUCCUAAUAUCUGUGUGUGCAGAUUUUCAAGACAUAUCCUGUACUGUAUAUUACUUUAAUUUGAAAGCUAGGUAUUUGGCAGGCCAGUGGGUUAUUUUGAUGAAAUGUUAUAUCUGUGUACCUGUUCCUAUAUAUGCACGUAUUGUAUUUGCUAUGAGGAAAGACAGUCAACUUAUUUUCUUUUUUAGAUAUAAAGUCAUGAAGAACUGGGGUGUUAUAGGUGGAAUUGCUGCUGCUCUUGCAGCAGGAAUCUAUGUUAUUUGGGGUCCCAUUACAGAAAGAAAGAAGCGUAGAAAAGAAAGACGGAUCAGAAUGGCAGGAGCAGUGUCUUUCCCACUGAUUAUAAGAACAAAAUCAUUGUCCUGGGGGAGCAAGAACAAAACGAUUGUUGUCUUCUGUUGGCUUGUGCCUGGCCUUGUCAACUUGGGGAACACCUGCUUCAUGAACUCCCUGCUGCAGGGCCUGUCUGCCUGCCCCACCUUCAUCAAGUGGCUGGAAGAGUUCACCACCCAGUACACCGGGGGUCACAAGGAGCCCCCCCAACACCAGUACUUAUCGUUGACGCUGUUGCACCUCCUGAAAGCUUUAUCCUGCCAAGAAGUCACUGACGAAGAGGUCUUGGAUGCAAGCUGCUUGUUGGACGUCUUAAGAAUGUACCGAUGGCAGAUCUCUUCAUUUGAAGAGCAGGACGCCCACGAGUUAUUCCACGUGAUCACCUCGUCACUGGAGGAUGAGCGGGACCGCCAGCCCCGGGUCACACAUCUGUUUGAUGUGCAUUCCCUGGAGCAGACAGAAGUAACUCCCAGACAGAUCACCUGCCGCACCAGAGGGUCACCGCAUCCCACAUCCAACCACUGGAAGUCUCAGCAUCCUUUUCACGGAAGACUCACGAGUAACAUGGUCUGCAAACACUGUGAGCAUCAGAGUCCCGUUCGAUUUGAUACCUUCGACAGUCUUUCACUCAGUAUUCCAGCCGCCACUUGGGGUCAUCCACUGACCCUGGACCACUGCCUUCACCACUUCAUCUCGUCGGAAUCUGUGCGGGAUGUCGUCUGUGACAACUGUACGAAGAUUGAGGCAAAAGGGACGCUGAAUGGGGAGAAGGUGGAACACCAGAGGACCACAUUUGUCAAACAAUUAAAACUGGGGAAGCUACCGCAGUGCCUGUGCAUCCACCUCCAGCGGCUGAGCUGGUCCAGCCACGGCACGCCCCUGAAGCGGCAUGAGCACGUGCAGUUCGGCGAGUUCCUGAUGAUGGACAUCUACAAGUACCACCUCCUGGGGCACAAGCCCAGCCACCACAGCCCUGAGCGGUGUGAGAAGGCAGGGCCCGCGCCGGAGCUGCAGGACGGGCCGGCAGCCCCCAAGUCAGUUCGCAAUCACCCGGGGGGCCCUAAAACACAGAUUUUCGUGAAUGGCGCCUGCUCCCCGUCCUUGUUGCCUGCCCUGCCCACCCCCAUGCCUUUCCCCCUCCCGGCUGUUCCUGACUACAGCUCCUCCACAUACCUCUUCCAGCUGAUGGCCGUGGUCGUCCACCACGGGGACAUGCACUCUGGACACUUCGUGACCUACCGGCGCUCCCCGCCCUCGGCCAAGAACCCCGUCUCCGCCAGCAGCCAGUGGCUGUGGGUCUCCGACGACACCGUCCGCAAGGCCAGCCUGCAGGAGGUGCUGUCCUCCAGCGCCUACCUCCUGUUCUACGAGCGCGUCCUCUCCAAGAUGCAGCCGCAGGGUCGGGAGUACAAGUCUGAGGAGUGACCCGCCCCGCGCCAGGGCUGCAGACCCAGCACUGCCCCAGCCCCGCGUGUCUGUCCCUGUGCGUGGCGUGUGCGCGCCGGCAGCCCCGCUAGUCCUGCGGCCUCCUGCUGUGGCGAGAGAACAGGCUCCACAGAGGAGCUGGCGGCCCCGGCUCACACCAGAGGAGGCCCCCACUCCCUCCCCGCACAGCUCGCCCGUGGGCACCAGGGUGGCAGCACUGGGCGCCGUGUGUGUCUAGACCAUGUCUUGUCACUCACCCGAUACAGGUAAUUAAAGGAAACCAGACUCCAGAAGCCACCUUUUUAAAAUAUAUUCUGAUGCUUCAGGUGUUCUCAAAGGGGAGUUAACUCUGUCUGACCCUCCAGGGCUUCAGCAUAGAUCUUUUAUUUUUAAUAAGCAAGUAAGGCCCACGAAAAUGGAUGAAUUAGUGAAAUCAUUAAAGGCAACAAUUUCAAAGAAAAAAAAAGUGCCUUUCACUCUCAACUGCUUUUGUAGCACAUCCCUUCUAGAAAACAGACCUCAUCUGGGAGUCACAUGAACAAUUUUUUGCAAAGCUCUGAUCCUUCCAGAGUGACCGAAUGGAGAGCAAAGGGACAAUUCAGAAGACACGUGGCGCACACCCGCCUUCCCCUUUUGUAUGUCUUUUCUGACCUCUCAGAGUCUUUGUAUGUAGUGGAAGCUCACCUGCCAAACCUGCCUCUCAGGGGCAUUCUUCCUCUACUUCAUCAGUGAUAAGUGACCAGCUUCCUCACUGCUGUCGUCCUGCACGCCCUGGACUCUGAGGGGCGUGGCCACCGCUUGUCAUGUAACCGCCGGACAGCCAGGACCUGGCAGCCUCUGCGCUGCACCCACGACCACCCUGCUCCGUAGAAAGCCCUUUCUCAUGCCAGGACCCACUGUGGACCACUACUCACACCUAUUUAUUUAUUGCCCACGUGGAGCUCCUGAGGUUUACAGGUGGAGCUGGGGGCCAUGACAGACAGACAGACAGACAAUCCCAGCCUCUGCGCGAGAGCUGGAUUCAGAAGGAAGGGCAUGGACCUCACUCAGGGCCGCCACCUCUCCACGCCUCGGUUUCCUCAUCUGUAAAGUGCAGAGUUUGAUUCCACGGCAUUCAAAGUCCAGCCUGUCCCACAGAAAAGGAAGAAAGAAGUUUAAGAAAACUUUUGAAACAUACAACGGCGGCUGACACCUGGUCCCAUUAUCCUGUCUUAGAUCCAUAUUCUACACGUGUUGGUUUCCAGUACCUCAUACAGAAGGCCCCAUCUGAUCAUCCUCCCCCGUCCUCAGGUAAGUCUCAUGAAGGCAGCCCAGGGCCAAAGGAAUUUCGAGGACACAGAGGUAUCUAUGUUUUCGCUAGAUUUUUUUAUUUAAAAAAGAAAGGAUACCAAAUCCAGACUGACUCCUCAGAGGUAAGAUUUGGAAUCAGGUGCAUCCAGGUCACCUGAGGUUAGGCUGAGGACCGUGUUUCCCCAGGUGGGCGGGCUGGCGACACCCCCAGACAAGACCUUGGUGUCAAGUGAACCUAUCGGAGGCCCGGGCGGUCCCCAGGCCAGGUGUGUGUGCGUCCUGAGGACUGGGAAGUCUUGCUAUGGACAGAAACAGACUGUGAAGUUUCUCCAGACCGUGAGCAUCAGGAAGAAAGGAACAGCGUGAAGCUUCUGCUCUGCUCUUGGCAGAUGUCCCUUCCCAACUUCGUCGCAGACCCGGCUCUGAUGGUGAAAGGGGUAUCACCAUGGUACCCGAGUCUGGGGCAACAUGUGCCCAGGUCGCGUGGCCUUCACCUGCCUGCCCAAGCUGUAGCUUUGUGCACCUGCCCUUCUGCCCUUCUGCCGCCGCAUACUCUGAAAUCUGCCAUCAAAGAGAGGUGCCAGGUGUGAACAGUGCCUCCUUAAACGUUUGGUUGUAAGUAGACCUUUGGUCAGAGGCCAGGGACUGAGCCAUGGCUACGGCUAUAAAUGUGAAUGAUCUCCAGGCACAUUCUCUAUCCCUGACUUAAGGGCAGCUUCCUCACAUUGUAAAUUAUUAGGCAUUAGUUAGUGGCCAAAUAAUCUUAUUUCUAGCAUUCAGUUAUUUACAGUCACUUCUUUUUUUGCAGAGACCCGAGUCAAACUCAUAGUUUAUGCCAUAAAAACUGCUGAUUUAUGUACUUGCUAAAGGUACCUUUUGUAUCUGCUGUAUUAUAGCAAUAAAGGAAUCAUUUUGUUAGGAAAAAAA